GUCCGCCAUCUUGGACCUCGUUUUGCAUGGUUUGGAUUUUCAGGAAAAAAACAACAUAAUUUUGAAGGGUACAUACGUUUUCACGUAAAUUAUCAACAUGGAUCGCUUAUUACGACUUGGUGGUGGUGGAAUACCAGGUUUAGGACAAGGUACUCCACCAAGUGAUGCUCCAAUGGUGGACACUGCUGAACAAGUGUACAUAUCAUCAUUAGCAUUGUUAAAGAUGUUAAAACAUGGUCGUGCGGGUGUUCCUAUGGAAGUUAUGGGCUUGAUGCUGGGCGAGUUUGUGGACGACUAUACAGUUCGUGUGAUUGACGUUUUUGCCAUGCCACAGUCAGGAACAGGUGUCAGUGUUGAGGCUGUCGAUCCAGUAUUCCAAGCCAAAAUGUUAGACAUGUUAAAACAAACUGGCAGACCCGAGAUGGUAGUAGGCUGGUAUCAUUCACAUCCUGGGUUUGGGUGUUGGUUAUCUGGUGUAGAUAUCAAUACACAACAGAGUUUCGAAGCAUUAUCAGAAAGAGCUGUAGCUGUAGUUGUGGAUCCUAUACAAAGUGUGAAGGGAAAAGUAGUGAUUGAUGCAUUCCGUUUAAUUAAUCCAAACAUGAUGGUAUUAGGACAAGAACCAAGACAAACCACAUCUAAUUUAGGACAUUUACAAAAACCAUCGAUACAAGCACUCAUCCAUGGUCUCAACAGACAUUAUUAUUCUAUUGCUAUUAACUAUAGGAAAAAUGAAUUAGAGCAAAAGAUGCUGCUGAAUCUACAUAAGAAAAGCUGGAUGGAUGGAUUAAUGCUUAAAGAUUACAAAGAACAUUGUGCUGUGAAUGAGAAGACAGUUAAAGAAAUGUUAGAGCUAGCUAAAAGUUACAACAAGGCUGUUGAGGAAGAAGAUCAGAUGACAGCUGAACAAUUGGCAGUGAAAAAUGUUGGCAAAUUAGAUCCAAAAAGACAUCUUGAAGAACAUGUAGAAGUCUUGAUGACCUCAAAUAUUGUACAAUGUCUUGGAUCAAUGUUAGACACAGUAGUAUUCAAAUAAACUAUUUAGUUUUCAAUUUCAUGGUAAAACCAAGUUUAUACAGUCACAUGGCAAACCAGUCAUCAAUCUGUUCAAGUGUAUGUGUUAUCAUAUUUUCUUAUUAUCUGACGGCAUUGAAUCUCGACCUCUUUGCUCAAUUUCAAAUUGCUUAAUAGACCAAGGUUUUGAGUUCUCUGGCCAUGUUCCAUGGUUGCAAGGUUACUGAACUUGCUCACGGAAUUUUAUAACCCAUGGUAUGGAGCCAGUUUGCCACAUUUUUUUGUAAGAUGAAUAUACAUACUGUAAUUU